AUGGUGAGGAGGGAUGGGAAACAGGUAAAGGAGGAAUGUGCACUUCCCGUGCAGUGGGACCCCGCAUAUACCCUGCUACUCGCCAACCUCGCGCACCAAUUGGGCCUGAGGGACGUCCUCGCGUUCGCCCUUUACAUCUGCUGCAACCAGGACGCUUCCAACAUCGUGCAAGGCUUCACCCUCAGCGACGGCACCCACACACGGCUCUCAGACGACCUUGUCGCCAAGCUUAUAAACGGCAAGGCCCAACUCGCCGCCUGGUCCGGCAACUAUGUCUGGACGAUGAACGCCGAGCCGAUGGGUUCUUCCCUCUGCGUCCGAGGGCUCGCUCUCGACGGCUGCUGGGCGGACUUCGAGUUCAUGCCCGAAAGCAGACUGAGCACAAACAAGGUGCAUCCCAUCGAAGCCGCCGACGAGUGGAGGAGACACUGUCUUGAACAGAGUCUGUGUGGGCAUUGUGUACGCUGGGUCGAGGACGAACAUGCGAGGAUCAUCGAGACUCUUCUAGUCACCGUCAUUCCUGAAUGCUUUUGUCUGCUGUAAGAAUACAUACA